AUGGUUGAAUUUGGGAUCCCGAAACUCUUGAUCCUGAUGUGGAACCGAGAAAUUCCCACGACGGAAAAGUGGGAUGCAAUCGACCUGUUCUCCGGGACAGGUCGGGUCAAGGAAUCCCUAUUGGAACUGGGCUACAGUGUUGCCUCCCACGACAUCGAGCACCACCCGGCGAUGGAUAUCAACAGCUCGGCCGGCUUUGCGUGGCUCAUCCUGGCGAGCUUCUUGAGUUUGAAACGGUCUGGGCCAAGGUGGAUCGUUUGGGUUCGCGAUGCUCCAGCCGGUUUGUUCCUCAUGGGUCUGGAUGAAUCGCCACACCUCGCAGAGGAGCAGCUCUCGCGCAAUUAUACAGGUUGGAACACGCAUCCUCAGACCACUUUCUGUUGUGUCGAGGUCGGGAGAAUCCUUUGGGGCGAACCGAGCUACCAAAUAUUGCCGAUGCAAACCGAAUGGUUGCGAGGACUGCUGCUCUUGAGGUUGAACGGUGCUGCGUUAAUUGGAAGUUUGCUGCAGGACUGCCCUGGUGAUGCUUCUCAUCCAUUGGUGCCGUGGCGCUUGGAUUCUGGAGCAGCCUGCAAGCUCCCUCAUGCAGGAACAUCCAGCCGUUGCUGCUGCCUUGCUGAAAUGCCAGUACUUCAAGAUCAAUGCCUUCCUUGGGGCAUACCGGCAUUGGAGUUGGAAAUUGUGUUCAUUCUAUUCGAACAAGCUCCUGGAUUGCAUCGCCUUUUGUUGCCGCACAUGUCACAUGUAACUCUUUGCCGCAAACCAUAG